UUUGUGGCCCCGCGUCACACUGUGUAUAAGAUUCGUUUUGGUCCCUCCUCUGAUCCAAUAACGUCUCAACCCCUAGGGUGGGAGAACGUCUACGGCUUUGACAUGUCCUGCAUCAAGGACGUGGCCAUCAAGGAGCCGCUGGUGGAUGUGGUGGAUCCAAAGCAGCUGGUCACCAACGCCUGCCUCAUCAAGGAGGUGGACAUCUACACGGUGAAGGUGGAGGACCUGACGUUCACCUCGCCCUUCUGCCUCCAAGUGAAACGCAACGACUACAUCCACGCGCUCGUGGCGUAUUUCAACAUCGAGUUCACCCGCUGCCACAAGCGCACUGGCUUCUCCACCAGU